AUGGCGGAACACGAUCUUACUGCCCGAAUGGGCUCUUUUUUAGAUCGACAUCUCGUUUUCCCCUUGUUAGAAUUUCUCUCUGUCAAAGAGGUAAGUUUUAAUUUAUAUCGUCUUUUCAUCGAUUCGUUAACUUUUAUGGUGAAGUUAUCAGGAAAUAGCUGUAUAUUUUUCAAAGUAAAAACUCGACGUAUAUGUAUAAAUCAAGUCUAUUUCCUAGACGAUUUUAAGCUAACAAUCUGCUCGUCUCAUAACUUUUGUCUCGGGUCUUAGAUUUACGAUGAAAAGGAAUUACUCAAAGGGAAGUUAGAUCUUCUUAGCAACACAAACAUGGUAAGAAAAUCCGAAUAAAAAAAACACUGAAAUAAUUAAAUUAUUUGACUCGAAGCUCUCUCUAUCGAAGACAUACAAUGUAUGCCCCAAAGAAUUUGUAUCUUCUGAAACCUUUUGGAUUUUUCUAACUUACUGAUCCUACUGAAAGGCAUGAUAGUACCAAAAUAUAUGGUACGAACGCUUAAAUAACAUAUGUGUACUUAGGAGGCUUACUAUACUGAAAAGAAUAAUCACAUCUAAACAUCUGUGUUCUUUAACAAUCCAGGCUUCUGUUCUAUCAAAAAGUGUUUCGACUAAUUUUAAAGCCGAUUCGUUUUUCAUUCAGGUGACUUAAGAUAUUUUGGGUGUAUUAGGUUCAAAACCAUCUUAAGUUUUAUAGAAAACAGUCGGGUAAAGAAUCGUGUUAUACUGUUCAGAAAUUGUGAAGUAAGUGCGUUCUUUUAUGCCUGAAGGAGUCAUAGCACUGUAACUUCCCUGUCAUUCUCAAGAGAAUUUUACAAGACUGAAGGGGGAAAAUAAAGAUCAUACUAGCUUUAAAUGGUUUUAAACUACAACAUACCAAUACACAUUGUCUUCCUGAAAAAUGUUUCCAGCCAUUUAAAUUGUAAGUACAUAUAUAUAUGUCCAUAAUUAAUGAUAUUCAUUAUCUUGAUUGUCAGGUUGAUUUUGCCAUGGAUGUGUUCAAAAAUCUCUACCCAGACCAAGACGUUCCAGAAGGUUUGUUGAUAUUGUUUGAUAACGUGUGACUGGUAACAAUGGCGUUUAAAAUAAUCCUUAUUUAAUAUGAAAUGUAUGUUGUUGAACUCUGUAAUCUUUGCAUACAUGUGUAUAUUUUCUGGACUAAAAAAAUUACUGUUAUAUUGUGGGUGAUUUUCAAAAAAUUUUUAGCUUGAAGCAUAAGGUUUAGCUUUAUGGGGAACUGGUUAAAUGGUUUUUGAUUGAAAUUUGAGGAGCACAGUGCAUUAAAUAGUUUGAAUUAAUUUUAUGAAAAAGUUUGGAUUUGCAUGCUCUUGUGGAAUAGAUUGAUAGAUGAUUGCAACACACUUGUAAAAAGAGACAAAAAGAAAAAUUAUUUAUGCUUUUGAAUUGAAAUUCUAGAAAUUCAUUAACCAGCUAACAAUUUCUUUGAGUUUUUAGGCUUUUGAAAUUCAUUUGUCCAUCUUGAAUAACACACAUUUCUUAAAAAAGUAUCUAAUAUGUUUAUUGUUGUACUUUUCACCUUAGAGCUUGUUCAAAAGAGAACAGAAGUUGUCACACAACUGAAAUAUCUUCAGGCUCAGACAGAACCUAUUGUGAAAUGUUUUGAGGAUCCAGAGUUUAACAAUCAGAUGCAAACAACAAGGUAAAAUGAAAUGAGACUUAUACAAUAAAUGUUGUUUUCUUUCAAAUGUUGACAUCUUGUAUGUUAAAUUUCAAGGUUCACCUUGUUGUAAUGCUCAUACAGAAUAGUGGCUGAGUGAGCGAUAUAAACUGUUGAAUUUCAUUAUCAAUUUGACUGUAUACAGGAAUUUUCUGUCAACAUUGAUAAACCAAAAGCUGGAAAUUUUCAAAUAGUAUUGGUAGUACUAGUUUACUUUAAGCUGGUUUGCAAGAAUAGGAAAAUAAGCUCAUUGGCCAUAAAACAUUGGUUGAAAAAAAAAAUUUAUAAUCAUAUGUAUACUACACUUCAAAGGGUCUAAGUCGUCAUGUAUUGGUGAGGUAGUGUUAGUUUGAUAGUAUAUCAAAUAAUGGAAUUAGCAGAACACUCUUUAAAUUUGAUCAGAAAAUUUGCAAUGGCCACUACAAUUUUAAUUUAUUCUUGCAUUCCAUGAGUAGUCCUUAUAAUUUUAUGAGCAACUUUUAAUUUGUUGAUUUAUUUAUUCAUUCAACUUUGACAGAGAUGGGCGACAGCUAUUUGAAUACCUGGAAAAGAACCAUGGGGUUUGUAUAUUUCUGAAUGAUUAAAAUAUAUAGUUAUAAGAAUUACUCUCAUGAGAUGGUAUCCAGUCAACUCGCCGACGGCGAGCGAUUGACAUGAUGAGUCUUUACGGUGUUGUUGUCGCACAAUAACUUGUUUGCGUCUUAAGUUGAUAUAGUCAUUGGUGAUGUUCACCAAUGUUCAAGCUUCUGUUUGAUGUUCACCAAUGUUCACCAGUGUUUUUUUACUAAAUAUUGUUUACUUUUCUGUAUGUUUAACUUCUAAUAAGUUGUAUUGGAUUGAGGACCAACUCGCCGACGUCUCUACUCGAUUUUAUACGUCGGCGAGUUGGCAUCGGCGAGUUGGUCCGUCGGCGAGUUGACCGUAAUUCAAUGAGACUGACUAGACUUCAGAGCAAAGGCUAUGCCUCUUUCUUCCCAGAGAUCUAUAUGACAUAGAUUCUAUACAAUGAUUUUGAUUAAGUCAGUUAUCUUUGUGCUUUGUACAAAUUCUGUUGCAUCAGUACAAUGCUUUAAAAAACUUAUUAAGGUGAAAACUUCAGGUUUUCUAGAUGCGAGUUGCAUUGUUCUAAGAGGUUAGGGCUACUUUCCGACACAAGUCAGAUUGUUUUCCUUUUACCCCUAGAUACAAGACUAGAAUGAGCUGUUUCAUAACUUACAAAAGCUUUUGUUUCAUUUGUUUUCAGAUUGAGCCAGAAAUGCUGGACACAUUGUACAAAUAUGCAAAAUUUCAAUACGAGUGUGGAAACUACUCUGGUGCAGCAGAAUACUUGUACUUUUAUCGUGUGCUGGUGAGUAAUCUCAGAAUUUAUCAUGGAAACCUUAUUAGAUAUUUCCCUGACAGAGCAAAACACCUGAGAUCAAAUUUAACAAGGCAAUGCAGUAGCUCUAACAAGCUGAUUUUGAGGUUUGGGCUCCACUUUGCAGGUGCAGUUUUUUCCUUGAAAAUAUGCCUAUGCACUUCAUGAUUGGGUUAUAAAUUAAGGGGGGAAUGAUAAAGAUCCUUAGCAUACAGUCUGGAGCAUGAAACUAAGGCUAAUAGGAUUUUACUAUCUUCAUGAAUUGAUUAUGCCCCUUACUGUGUGUUUGAUGGGUUUGUCUGAAGAACAAAAGCAAAAGAAGGAAACUGGAAAUAUUCAUUAAUCAUUAAUACAUUUAAAGAUACUAUUCAAACUAAGGAGACAAUAUAUUUAAACUUUGCCUGCCCUAGGAAGUUAAGAACAAUUUGUGUGAGAUAAGGAGAGAUUUUUAUUUAUAACAAAAACAGCUUUAUAUCCAAGGUAAUUAAGUAUUAUCAACUGAGUUAAAAACAUUAAUUGGCCUCUAUAAAGAGUUUCAAAGCUGAUGUUUCGAGUGUAAACCCCAUUAUCAACUCGGUUGAUAACACUAAAUUACCCUGUUAUACUCUCCGAACCGAUACAGCACCACAGCUUCUUUAGAAACUUACCCCCUUUAGCUCAUUAUAUUCAGUUUGGCCUGCUAAAUUGACCAAUCACAACACUUGUGGUCAUGGAGGGAUAAAAUACUAUUUAUUUUCAUCACAGGUUCCAGGGAAUGAUGAUAGAAAUACUCUGAAUGCUCUUUGGGGUAAACUAGGUUCUGAAAUCCUCAUGCAGAACUGGGAAACUGCAUUAGAGGAUUUGAACAGGUUAAAAGAUGUCAUUGAGAGCAAUGUGAGUAUUUCAGUUCCCUAAAUUGGCUGACAAAGAGCUCUUAAGUUGAGUCAGAAGAUCACUGAAAUAAGUAGUAUAACAUGACAUUAUGGUUCAUAUUCCUAGGCGCCUAGAUCAAUGUGCUUCAAUUCUCUUACUCUUGAGAUCACUGGCUCUCAAUCUCUCACAUCCUUUUAGAAAAUUAGCUUAAAAUAUCUAUUAUCAAUAACCACUUAAUAUUCUGUUUUGGAUUUGAGUACAGACUAUUAUAUAGCUGUCAACAUGUUAUUUUUGUAUAUCUGUCAUAUAUAUUAAUUUUUUGUGCUACUUCUGAUGGAACCUAAGUUUAUGAGCCUUAAUGGUUUUUUGAGGUUUCUUCACCAUUAAUCUUGUUUUUUUUGUUUUCCUUAUCAAUUGUUGUAAAAUAUGGUAAUAUUAUCUAUUAUAACAAAUGGCUUACACCUGAUUCAUUUGUUUAUUUUGCUCUUUUGUUAAAUUUACUGUCUACUGAAAAGCUGAAGCAAGCUAAGAGAAUUUCAAAAUGUCAAGCAAACUAUUUCUGUCCCUGUUUCUCUUUUGAAUUUUGUUCCAAAAUUUGCAUUUAAUAACAUUUUUAAGUUUGCAAAACAUGUUUUGACAUUCUCAUGUCAUCUUCAGUUGCAAAUGUCUGGGUUACAACUUGAAUUUCACUUUAAAAAAGUGUUGUGGAAUUACAAUAUAAUACAGAUUUGUGAAGUAUCAUUGUUUAAAAUUGUAGUGAAAUCUCCUAUCGCAAAAUCAAUAGUUGUCUUCGAUAUAAUUUCAUUCAGUCUAUCUUACAAGGUGACAUGUUUUGCAUUGCUUCUUCAGAAUCAGGCAGGAACACUCCAACUGCUGCAAGAAAGAACAUGGUUGAUUCACUGGAGCUUGUUUGUGUUCUUUAACCAUCCAAAAGGAAGAGAUCUAAUCAUUGAUUUGUUUCUCUACCAACCUCAGUAAGUAUGAGGGACAUCAGAUCUUCACUGUGACCUGACAAACGAGGCUGUUCUAAGCUAGGAAAGUUGUUAUCUUCCUUCCAAGUAAAGCCCUCAGCUCUCUUAUUGUAGUGAAGUUAGCCUUUUCAGUCACUAAAAAAAUCAAAUUUAACCUUAAGAAUAUGUGUUGCAGAGAAUAUAGGUUGUCACAAAGACAGAAACAUUUUUGAAAUGUUGUCUAUGGAACUGUUCGGAGAAUAUACCCACUAUUUAAUAAUUACUAUGUAAUUUUAGGGUGUAAAGGCUUAAAUCUUGGACAUGCUGUUCUUAGUAAUUUGAUGUUUUCCAAGAAAUUCCUCUAAUUUUCUUCUAUCUAUUUUUUGUAUUUAGAUACCUCAAUGCAAUCCAAACCACAUGCCCCCACAUUUUAAGAUACCUCACAACUGCUGUCAUCACUAACAAGCGCAGACGAACAGUACUCAAAGACCUGGUAAAAGUCAUACAACAAGAGUCUUACACAUACAAGGAUCCAAUUACAGAGUUUUUGGAAUGUCUCUAUGUCAAUUUUGACUUUGAUGGGGCUCAGCAGAAGCUAAGAGAAUGUGAAACAGUGAGUAUUCCUAUUGUUACUGUUGUAAAAGAUCUAUCUUUUUGUAUGCCUUUUGUGGUGUAGAAGAGGGCAGUUCAUUACCUUUGUAUGGAAAUAGGAAACAUCUCUUGGAAAUGAUUCAGGGUUCGUACGGGUCAUGGAAAACCUGGAAAGUCAUGGAAUUUCGAAAAAAAAAUUCCAGGCCUGGAAAGUCAUGGAAUUUCGAUCAGAGUCAUGGAAAGUCAUGGAAAAUUGUUAUAAUUUGACAUUUUGCAAAAACCGAGAUGAAAAUAAAGAAAAUUCCUUGCUUUCACAAGUUUUUGUUUAAUAAACUAUUCCUUGUUUACGUGUUUGCAACGACAAACGCGCAUUUUUUUCCCCGAUACCGUGUGAUACGUUUUUGCUGAGACCUGGGGCCGAGUCCCAGCAUCGCCAUGCGACCAGGCCUGCCACGAGGUAAAGAUGAGCUUGAGCGAUCAUUCAAGCAGAUUUAAUAUAUAAUGCCUGGAAAAUGCAAAUUCCAAGAUGCUUGGCUGAGUAACCCGCAGUAUAAUAAGUGGAUAGAACGCGGGAGUUCUUCGUCAGAGGCAAAAUGUAAAGCAUGCAAAAAGACAUUCGCUGUUCAAAAUAUGGGAGAAGCAGCAGUGAAAAGCCACAUGAAAUCGAAGAAGCACGUCGAUGCUGUUAAAGGUACGUUUGUGUGUUCAAAUUUGAAUUUACUAGAAUUUAAAGUUUGCAUCAAGACAAGAAAAUGCAUGUUUGCGUUAGAUAUUUGUCUCGAUAUUUGUACCAACUCGUGAUUCAUUUAGGAUGCAGCCUGUAUUGGGUAUAACAUAGAUUUAAGUGCUGUGGUGUAAUAAGAAUCGGCAAAAUAAUCAAACAGAACAAAAGAAUUUGUCAUCUAAAGCGACAGAAUAUAAAUAAAUGUCUUUUUAAUUUCGGGAUGACAAAGAUAAUGCAUGGAUUGUACCGAUGUUUAGGCAAGAGUGUUCUUUUGAGUUUUUGAGAGGCUGCAGGGGGUGGUUGGGGCCGGUGGGACUAAACUCGGAGGUAUAUUAAAUUUCAGAUAUAAAGUUAAUGUAUUAUGAGGGACUAGCAAAACGGCCAUUUCAUAUUUUUUUAUUUAGCGCAUCUUUAUUUAUUAAUACAAAAUUUAUACAAUAGUUAAUACUAUGCGAUACAACACUAAUACACUAAAAGUGAGUUUUUAUUUUUCCUUGACAUUUGUGGCUCAGCAUUGGGAUUAAUUAUGGCUUCAGCCCCCCCUCCUUCAGUUCUGUUGUGGCGCCUGUAAAAUAUGGUUUAUUUUUAUAAGUGGAUUGCAAUUUCGAUGAGGCUAUUGUGAAAUUUUGAGAUUCCAGGAUUUCUGUGACAGUAAAUUCAUUUAAUUAGGGCUCAUUUUUGACGAUAUUCAUAAACAAACAUUUUUAAUUUGAUUUUAGACGAGAGUAGCAAUGCCAGCCUCAGAAACUUUUUACCUGCUGUUGGAAGCCAGCGUGGUUCACAUGAAGUAGGACGCUCUGAACAGCCAUGUUCUUCCGGUGCCGGUGAUAUAAGAAAUUAUGUGGCUUCAAAUGAGACACUUGCUGCAGAAGUUUUGUGGGCACUGAAAGUAAUCUUGUCUCACUAUAGUUACAAGAGCUGUGAGGACAUUCCAGAACUAUUUAAACGUAUGUUUCCGGACAGCCAGAUAGCCAGCAAGUUUUCCUGUGGCGAGAAAAAAUGUGCUUACUUAGCUUGUUUUGGCAUAGCACCCUAUUUCCAACGUAAGCUUACGGAUGAAGUCACAAAACUUGAAUUGUUUGUUUUACUUUUGAUGAAUCGCACAAUAAAGUUACCCAAACCAAGUAGAUGGAUCUGCAUGUUAGGUUUUGGGAUGCAAAGAACUCCAGAGUGCAGACAAGGUACCUAACCUCUGUAUUUCUGGGACAUGCUACAGCCGACGACCUUUUGGAAAAGAUCGUUAGCUACCUUGAUAGUAUCAAGAUUCAGAAGUCCAACAUAUUGCAGUUGUCAAUGGACGGGCCUAACGUGAAUUGGAAACUGCAUGAGCUAUUCCAGGAACUGAUCUCUGAGGUUGACGAAAACGCACCCAUCUUAGUUAACGUAGGCUCUUGUGGACUUCACAUUGUACACAAUGCUUUCAAAGCUGGAUCAAAGGCAUCUACUUGGAGCAUUCAGGAAGUUCUGUCUUCUCUUCAUUGGUUAUUUGUGGAUUCACCAGCACGAAGAGAGGAUUACACAGAAAUAACCAGCAGUGUUGUAUUUCCAAUUAAGUACUGCAAGCACAGAUGGCUGGAGAACCUGCCAGUUGUAGUACGGGCCCAGGAAAUAUGGAAAGAAGUCACUUUCUAUGUGACAACGGUGCAACGUAGCAGCAAAUAUAGUGUGCCAACUUCAAAGUCCUACAAGACGAUAAGAGAUUCAACCCAAGAUCCACUAAUGCCUCUCAAAUUUGCUGCUUUUGAGUCAGUGGCUAAACAGCUGCAACCAUUUCUGGUACAGUUCCAAAGCGACAGCCCUCUUCUACCAUUUGUGGCCAGCAGUCUAGAGAAGGUGAUUCGUGGUCUCAUGAAAAGGUUCGUCAAAGCUGAUGUACUCCAGGGUGCCAGCUCUGCAGUAAAGCUUCUGAAGAUUGACUUCAAGAAGAGGGAGAAUUGCCUUGACGUGGAGAAGUUGGAUGUUGGUUUUGUUGCUGCCACGAAGCUGAAAGAAUUGCAAGCAGCCAAGAAAAUCAGUGAUCGUCAGACAUAUGAAUUUAGGAAGGAAUUCCAGUCGUUCCUUACAGCUACAGUUGGAAAACUUAUUGAGAAGACCCCAAUUGCCUAUUCCCUUGCCAGGAACCUGUGCUGUUUGGAUCCGAUUCAUAUUGUGACAGAGAAAGAAGCAAGCUGUGCGAGGUUCAAGAUUGUCCUCAAGAAAUUGGUAGAAUGCAAGAGGGUUGAUAUUCAUGAUUGUGACACAUUUUGUUGUCACAGUACAGUGAAUUUACGGAACGGGCUACACAGGUGCACAAGUCUGAGUUUGAAGACUUUGACUUUACAGAUCAGAGAUUGGAUGCAUUUCUCCAAAAACACAUUGGUCUUGUCGGUUCACUUUCCAAACUGUGGGACGUUGUGAAAUUCCUCUUGUGUCUCUCACAUGGGCAAGCAAGUGUAGAAAGGGGAUUUUCCGUUAACCGACAGCUAAUGAUUGAGAAUAUGAAGGAGACCACUUUCGUUGCCCAACGCACCAUUCAUGACCACAUAUUGAGUAUUGAUGGAUUUCAUAAAUUGGUCAUUUCGAACGAGCUUCUUACCUCUGCUAAAGCAGGAAGACAGCGGUAUCACGCCCAUCUUGAAGAGCAGCGACAGCUUGCGAAAAAUGUUGCCAAAAGCCACAAACGAAAAUCUGUGGAUGAAGCAAAAGCUGAUUUCCAGAAGAAAAAGAAGAGACUUGAAACAGAGAUCACCACCUUACAGUUUGAUGCUGACAAAUUAGCUAAAGAGGCUGAGGUGAAGAGGCAGCUCGUCUUGUUAACCGAAUCAAAUGCACUCAGAAAUGCAGCAAAGGAGAAGAAGAUAGAACUAGAAAACUUAAACAAGGAAUUGGAAGAGUGUGAUAAAUAAGUCCGAGUGACAACCUGUCCAAAAGUACUGCUUUCUUGAAGUUAUUUACCAGAAUUGCAAGCAUUUAACCAUUGAACAAAUAGAUUUGUUCAUACAAGGAUGCACUCAUAUAUUUUUCUAUAUUGUAGAUGAAAACUGAAACCUCAUACUGCAAUUGUGAACACUGAAACAAUGACUGUAUUGUAAGGAAAUUAAGAUUUUAUAGUUCUGGGCUGUACAGGUUUUGUUAGGAAAUUAAGUCUGGAUUAUACAGUUUUUGUUACGAAAUUUUAAAAGAUAUAGUUCUGGAUUGUACAGAUUUUGUUAGGAAAUUAAGUCUGCAUUGUAUAGAUUUUGUUAGGAAAUUUUAAUAGAUAUAGUUCUGGACUGUACAGUUUUAUAAGGAAAUUUUAAAAGAUAUAGUUCUGGACUGUAAAGUUUAUCUUAGGAAAUUUAAAAGAUAUAGUUCUGGACUGUAAAGUUUAGUAAAAAGUAUCUGUUUACGUCGUGUUGUUGCACUUGUGUCAUUUUGUUGCACGGAAAUAAAGAUUCCGUGUUAUACGUAUGAAUUUAACUGGUCUUAGCAUCUUCUUCUUUUCUACAAUUUGGUUAACAUGCAAGGAAAAAACGAAUUGAUGGUACUGUAAGUAUAUAUUGAGAAAAAUAAUUUGAACAAUUGGGUCAUGGAAAAUCGGAAAAGGUCAUGGAAAAAGUCAUGGAAAGUCAUGGAAUGUCAGAAAGUCAAAAGCGUACGAACCAUGUGAUUUUUGUUUUCUGUCAGGGUUCCAUGCUGAAGUUUUUUCGAAGUGCUGUCUGGUUCCUUAAAUUACAAAGAUUUCAUUAAGAUGUAGUUUUGAAUGCCAGAGGAAAAAAGGAUAGGAAGGCAUUUUUUUCAAAAUUACCUUGUACUACAGCAUCAAUCAUGAUGUUUGUCUUGGAAAUGAACAGUAUGUCUUGCAAUUUGUUUUUGGAGUUGUAUACAAUGUACCGUAUUUCUUCACCCAUAAGCUGAGCAAUCUUUUCAGUAUUUGACACAAAAUUUUAGGAGAUUUUUUCAGGAGAAACAUGGUUCGGCUUACAGUGGAGGGUUUGGGAGUUCACAACAUCUUAAGGUUCAAUACAUGUAUUUGGACAACCAAGGAUAAGGUGGCAAAUAUUUAUUAUAGAAAUCUAGAAGUUACUAUGUGUUUCUUCAACCCAGUACCACAAAAGACAAUACAAAGUAAUUAAUAUUGCUUAGCUUGUUACAAACUACUAGUUGCCAAACUGGUGAUUUUUGCUGCAAAUGAGCCACCACAAUGUUUUCAAUUUGUCAUGGCAACUAAAAUGGUGACAGCACAGAGUACUGUGUUCAACAGCUGUAUUAUAAUGCUCCUGUAAUGGAGAAGUUUGCCUGGUGCCAGUUCUCAGGUGUUAACAUUCUUUUUCAUAAGUAACUGCCAACAGUGAAUUACACAGCUGUGCCCAAAAGGGGCCUUAGGGCAAAACCAAACACAAGAGCAUGUUUGCAGGCAAAAAAUGGUAGUGAGAGGUCAGAAGAUGGCCAGUAACUGACCAUUAUUAAAUCCCUGCUUAAACAAGGUUUGCCUGUUCUGAUUGCUCUCCAGGUACUGCUAAAUGACUUCUUCCUUGUGGCCUGUUUAGAUGACUUCAUUGAGAAUGCCAGACUGUUUAUAUUUGAGACAUUUUGCAGAAUACACCAGUGUAUCAGUAUAAGGUUUGGAGCAAAGAAAAACUUGAUUAUCUUCUUGAUCUGUUAUGGUUCAACCACAUUUAGUGGUGAAUGGAACUGUUAAAGCAGGUUAGGUGUGAAUCAAGUUUCAUAUAACCCUAUCAGACUGAUCUAUGUGAACCUAAUUGCAAUAUUGCUGUCACAGAAGAAUCCAAAAAGCAAAAGUUGAAAAAUGCUAAAGGCGAGGUUGGAAUUUAUUUGCUGAUGAGUUACAAGUUGUAAUCUCAAACUUCUCAAAUUAACUUUUGAUUUCUAACUUUUGAGCAUUACCCUAAUAGGGCUAAAAAAAAGAUGUGCAAUAAAACCAUUUGAAGUUUAAUUUUUGGAAUAUCUUGUUUCCAGUUUUCCUAUGUGGAAAUGAAGAGUCACAUCAGUGAUGAGGGGGUUAGCAUUGUCCCCCAGAUAGUUAAAUUUUCCUUGCAAAUUUUAUCAGAAUUUUUUUUCCUUUUUUUCAUGAUCACUAUAUUCCAAUUAGGAGCAUCUUUCUGCAUCAUAUUAACCACUCCAUGAGAUGAUCGUGAAGCACCCUUUGAAGCAGUGAUUUUAAAGCAGCAAAAUGGAUUGUAUUGCUUUAAUAUUCUUCAAGUGAUUGCACUAAAGCAAUUUUUUUCAAGUAGUACAAUAUCAUGUUGCUUUCCUCUCCUAACAGCAUGCUUGCUGAAAAGUUGAAUAUGACUCCAGAAGAAGCAGAAAGGUGGAUAGUUAAUCUGAUCAGAAAUGCAAGAUUGGAUGCUAAAAUUGAUUCCAAGUUGGUAUGUCUAAGGCCUGUUAACAUACAUAGUACAUUUGCAAUGGAGUUUAUGCAUACUGCUGUUGGGGUGUGAAGGAAUGACAGGCCAGUAUGCAAUGUUUUCAGUUGUAAUUAUAUUUCACAAGACAGAUGUGAUGACCAAUUAAUUGGUAGCACCGUGGACUGUAGGUUGAAAGAGUCAGAGCCUUUGGAGAAGUAGUUUGUUACCCAGAGGAAGAAAAUCUUGGCUUAAUUGCUUCAUGGGAGAUAAAAUCUGAUAAUGUGGGCUACAGAGCUUGUGUGCCAGAUGAAAAAUAUUGGGUAAAAAGCUGUUUUAAACUGGGUUGUAUAGCGUGUGGGUAGGCACUUUUUAUAAGCGCUUCAGGAUGCACAUUUCUCUGCUCGUGGAAAACUUGAGGUGUGUCAGGGAGAGGUUUCUAGGGGUCUGGCAUCAAUUAUCAAUGCUAGACCCUCUGCAGACCUCUUGCUGGUUUGCGUUGUGUAAGGCCUCAUACUUUCCCACAGGUGAAGAAACACCUGGGCAGGCUGUAGGCUGUAUUUGGUGUGAAGUGUAACUCUUAAAUGCUAUCUUCAUGAUCUGGAGUUCCCCUCAUGGAUUGGGACUCCCAUGUUCAUCUUUCUUGGGGAUUACUUGUCUUAAUAAGCUUCUUCUCUAUUUCAGGGUCAUGUGGUUAUGGGUACUCAGGCUCCCUCUGUUUACCAGCAAGUAAUAGAGAAAACUAAAGGCAUUAUGUCCCGCACUCAAGAACUGGCUCGUAACAUUGAAAAGAAACUCAAUGUAGACAAGAUGGGAUAUGAUGGGGUAAGAACCACAAACAACAUACUUAUAUUUUCGUUUGACUGUGCGUGCAUUACAAGCUUUGUUUGUUUGGGGUUUCUUUUUCAUCAUGGGUUGAAUGCUUGUCAACAUUCAAAUGAUUGUCCAGUUCUUUUUUUUUUGUUCAGUUUUCCUUAAUUUUCUGUGCAACGUGAUGAUUUUUAUGUGAACAAGGAAAGCUCCACUGCUCCCAUUCUAUUUAUAAAUGUACUCUGUCUGCAAUAUAAACAGCUGUUUAUCUGAUUUACUCCUUCGAUACAAUCAUUAGAUAAUGCCUUUGAUAUCACUCCUUGUCUUCUUAAUCUCUUCCUUAUUUUUGUCUCUUUAGGGUCCAUGGGAUGCAUACGAUCCUUCUGGAUUCUUCAAGCCCUAAACAAUCUAACACUUACACUUUUUAGUGCCAAGUUUACGUGUACAUCACAUGCAAACUGUAAUCUCUUAAUACAGUGUAUUACAAAUCAUUAUUUACUGAUCUCAAUCAGGCACAAAAAACUUUACUUACUCUUCCGAACUGAAAAGUAUAUCUUGGGAAGGGGCAGGGG